AUGUCGCAGACGAUCGUUAUAAAAUUGGGUACGUCAUCGCUGGUCGAUGAAAAGACCAGGGAGCCUAAGCUGUCUAUCAUGACACAGGUUGUGGAAACAGUUAUCCAGCUGAAGAGACAAGGCCACAAGGUGGUGAUUGUCUCCAGUGGUGGUAUUGCUGUGGGUCUUAAUGCCAUGGAGAUGGACAAGAAGCCCACGGACCUCGCUGAGAUCCAGGCCAUCGCCGCUAUAGGCCAAGGCAGACUGAUCGGAAGGUGGAGUAUGUUGUUCCAGCAGUAUGGCGAGAAGAUAGCGCAGAUUCUGAUCACCAGAAAUGAUAUUCUCGGGUGGACUCAGUAUAAGAACGCCCAGAACACUAUCUUGCAGCUGUUGGAGAUGGGUGUCGUCCCCAUAGUUAAUGAGAACGACACUUUGUCCAUCAGCGAGAUCAAGUUCGGUGACAACGACACGCUGUCUGCUAUCACUGCGGCUCUGGUCUCUGCUGAUCACUUGUUCUUGCUAACAGACGUUGACUGUCUGUACACUGAGAACCCAAGAACAAACCCCGACGCUAAGCCCAUAGUCAUCGUCCCAAACAUGGACCAAGGUGUGCCCGGUGUGGAUACGUCGAACGCAGACGCUGGAUCAAGCGUCGGUACCGGUGGUAUGAGAACGAAACUGAUCGCUGCGGACCUGGCGACAAACGCGGGUGUUAACACUAUCAUCAUGAAGAGUGACGCACCAUCCAACGUGAAACACAUCGUGGACUACCUGGUUAAAUACCCAAAGAAAGUCCUAUACGACGAUAACAAGAGCAGUAGGGAGCAAUCCUCAGAACCAUUGAGCCUGGAUCAGCUCAAAAACCACCCCUAUGGCAAGGGAGGAGUCAUCUCCCCACCGAAGAGUGAAGAGGAUCUCCUAAGUCUACAGGAUGCUGAAUUGAAAGAAAUCAAGGAGAGAAAUGUUCCCCUUCAUACGGUAUUCUUGGCUAAGGAUAUAGAUCACCACUUAAAGAACAGAGAGUUCUGGAUAUUACAUGGUCUGGUUACCAAAGGUGUGCUUAUCAUUGAUGAAGAUGCCUACAAUACGCUGACGAAUGAGUCCGGUGAUGAGGAGCAUGUGUCUGAGGCAUAUGUUUCCGAAGUCGAGGACGAUGAGAUGUCUGAAGUUGAUCAAGAUCAUGGUCUGUUGCCAAAGGAUGUUAUUGAAGUCAAGGGAUCAUUCCAUGAACUUGAGUGUGUUGACAUCAAGGUCGGAAAAAGAUUGCCCAACGGUAAACUGGACCCUGAUGCUCCAUUGGAAUACGUCGGAAGAGCCAGAUGUAAUUUUACAAGUGUUGAACUAAAUAGAAUUAAGGGGCUGCCAGUAGACAGAGUUCAAGACGUUUUGGGUUAUGAUGUAAGCGAAUAUGUUGCGCACAAGGAUAACCUGGCAUUCCCACCAUCGGCUAGUAGUGUCAGUUUACAGUUGAAGACCUAA